AUGAAUAAAGACCAAGUGGAGCAUGUUAUUCAAAAUUACUUAUUGAGACUAGCGAGAAGGGUGUAUCCGAGUGGGGAUUCAGCGGUUGUUCAUCUUCUUUCAAAGGACGCGUUUUCUAUAGUGGUCAGCGAAAGAAAUGAGCAACAAUGGAGGAGUUUAGAAGUUCUCAGAGCGAAAUACUCGUAUCAAAUACCGACAGAGGCUAUGCAAAAGUUCAUGCUGGUGGUUGAUGAGCUUUUAAGCAUGGAUAGCAAUGAUGAUGUUGCAAGCUAUUUGAUAGCACUAGACACUCAUACCGGUGAGAAAAGUGAAUCGUCAGCAGAUUCCGAGGUGCCAUUUUUGUCUCAAUCACAGUCAAGCUCUUCCAAGUCGCUUAACGAUAGAAUUUUGCCGUACUACAAGGAAGCUGGACUCGUUGAACCUCUCGAAAUUCUUCGCAAUUUGAUGUUUGCACUCAUAGGAUCAACUUCUGACCUAUUUCCAUUUGAAAAGGAUACCAUUAAGAUUCCAAUAGGUCUAAACUAUGGUGAAGUUGCACAAAUGUAUGAAUUAUUAGAACCAUGUCUUAUUCUCAAGAGUUUAACUCAGAUAGUAUAUGGAAAUGAAGUGAAAUCGCAGACUAAAAUGGCAUUUCAUAGUGUUAUACAAGAAGGAUUGCUCAAAUACACAGAUUAUGUUAACUCUAUAAAUUCACAGAUUCUUGAGGAACGAGAUCAUGUUCUAACUUUGCGAGGUCUUCAUUUACUUUUGUCAGAUUGGAUUCAGAGAUUGAAGCUGUUCUACUAUUUGGAAAUUAUGUCAGAGCGAAUGGAAAGCAACGAGUUUGUUUCAUUAUUAGAUCAGUUGUGUGGGCAAGGUGAUCCGAUGUUAAGAGAGUUGUCUAAAAAAUUCUUCCAGUACUGUAUUAAACCAUUUACUGAAAUGAUCCAGGAUUGGACCUUUUCAGGAGAAUUGAAUGAAGCCGAUGUUAAAGCUGAGAAUUUCUUCAUAAGCAAAAGAGAUAGUGAUAAGCUAGUUUAUCAGAGAGGAAGAGUGCCCAGUUGCCUCAAUGAGAAGCAAUCAUACAACAUAUAUCAGAUAGGCAAGUGUCUUAACUUCUUGAAGAACGAUUGCAAAGAGUUUGCAUGGUGUGAGCAGUUUAGAGAGAAGUACAGUCAUGAAAACUCCAGUGCUAAUAAUAUAGGUGAUUGGAAUUUUGAAAAAGCAUACCAAGAGAUUGUCCACUAUUGUUAUAGAGAGGUUAUAUGUAAGAGGUACGACUUGAUUCGGGAGAUGUCCAAUUUACACAGUUUCUUGUUAAUGGGACAAGGAGAUUUCAUCAGUGCGUUGGUAUUGAAAGCUUCUGAGUCAUUGAAUCAAUCGACAUCGUCUCUCUCUGCUAAUAAGCUUAUUCAGAGUUUACAGGAUUCUGUUGCCACAACCAGCGUUAAAGACCAUUACGAUAAGAGUAUUGUCGAUAGACUCGAUGCCAGAAUUUUGGAAAUGGAAAGCUAUGGAACGCUUGGUUGGGAAGUCUUUACGUUAGACUUUCAAUUAAAGUUUCCCUUGAACAAACUGUUUGAGGCCGAUCACAAGGAGUAUCUAAGAAUGUUCAAUUUUUUGUUCAAGCUAGUACGGAUGAGCUCUCUUCUAAACACUGGAUGGUCGGAUGCAAACACUUUGAAGAGAGAUACAAUCAGUGGAAUUUGCAAACGGGCCCGAGAAGUUAGAAGAUUGAAUAUGGAUAAAAGUAACGGACUCUCGUUGGAUGAUAUGAGAAGCCUGUGGAUAAUAAAGACAUUCAAGAGAUUGAACAUCUUGAGGAGCGAGUUUAUCAAAUUCAUGAAUGUUUUAAUGGACUACAUUUUAUUCCAUGUGAUCGAUAACAACUACAAGCGAUUUAUGGACGAUCUUUCUCACGGAAAAAAGGGGUUUUCGGAGGUUGUUCAAAAUGUAAUGAUGGGGAGCAGUCGAGUGAAAGAGCUCAGUUGUAUGAAAAUGGAUCCAAUUGAAAAUGAUGGCAUAUGGAGUAAAAAUACUACUGCAACCGCGAAGGAUUACAACUUGGAUGAGUUAGUUGAACUUCAUGGAAAAUACAUUAGAUCGAUUAGCAGAUGCAAAAUAUUGGAUAAUAGCAGUGGUGGAAAAAGUAAAGGCAGAUAUAGCGGACUGUUCUACAUUGAACAGAUAUAUGGCUUCUUAAGCAUGAUCAUCAAGUUUGUUGAAUUGAGCAAGGAAUUCAACAAUCUGUUGGUAGAGAUGCUUUCAGUUUCACAUCUAUCAGAAGAUACACUGAAGGAAGAUAAAUAUGACGAGUAUUUAAGCCGAAUGGAUAUGAAAUUCAACAGGUUGAUAGAGAAUUUGACCAAUGAGAUCAUCAACAAGUUUGAGGAUGGCUUGGAGCUAUUUACCAAAGAUCUAAUGAGCGAUCAGGAUGAAGAUCUAAGAUUCUUGGGCAAGCAGUUGGCGGAGUGA